GUCUGUCCCUUCGCAACCCAACGCCUUGCGCUUCACAUAUAAUACAAAGAUUUAUCUGUAUGCGACCGCUAUCACGUCAAUGUCCACUGGGAUUAGACUUGGGUAUGAAGGCGAGGACUACUCAAGCCUGGCAAUGCCUUUUUUGUUCCAUCAGACCUCGCCUUACUACGCUCUCGACAUUAAGGGAAUUUACAGCGGCAUCACAGUUGGCAAGGAAGCCAGGUGGCGGGAGUAAAGGGUCAAAGUCCCAAUCUAGUAGCCGUGGAUCGCCAAUUAUCUAUCGAAGAAAUGACCAAAACUUCGCCGCUGUCGUAAGGCACGCCUUGGAAGAACACAGACGAGAUCUUGAUCCUUUUCAUCCUACCUCCAAAACCUGGGAUGCAUUCUCUCGCAGAAUAAGCCAGGCUGUGAUACUAGAAGACGGCUUUGAUGUCCCUAAAAAGGGCAACCUACUAGCACUCAAACAUUCGCUAUGGGACGCAUAUCGGGCACGUGGCGCGACGGGGGUUAGGAGUGAAAUAAUAUCUUUGCAAAGAAACGAGGAAUUUGCAAAGAAGUAUGGAGAUCCUAAUAUCGAUGAACAAAAGAAGCUCGCGGAUCUUCGUUACCCAGCUGAGUGGUAUCCGCACGCCCGUGCUAAACGGCGGACAAUUCACUUGCAUGUUGGUCCAACAAACUCCGGAAAGACGUACCAAGCUUUGAAGAGACUGGAAGGAGCACAGAAAGGUUUCUAUGCUGGUCCGUUGCGAUUGCUCGCUCAAGAAGUCUACUCCCGCUUUACGGCGCAAGGUAUACCCUGCGGGUUAAUCACUGGAGACGAAGUACGUAUUCCAGACGCAUCGCCUCGCAUUCUUAGCAAUACUGUGGAAAUGGUCAGUCUAAACAAGGAUUUCGAAGUGGGUGUCAUCGAUGAGAUCCAAAUGAUCGCCGACCCAGAUCGCGGGUGGGCUUGGACACGAGCGUUCAUGGGUUCCAGGGUUCGAGAACUGCAUCUCUGCGGUGAAUUGCGCGUGGUGCCUUUGAUUAAGGAACUCGUUGCCCUGACUGGAGAUGUCCUAGAGAUUCAUCAGUAUCAGCGACUGAAUCCUCUAAAAGCUGAACAAACCAGCCUUCAGAAUGACCUUCGGAGACUACAGAAGGGGGAUUGUCUGGUUGUAUUCUCCAGAAUAGGCAUUCACGCUUUUAAAAACCAAAUCGAGAAAGCUACGGGUAGGCGAGCUGCCAUAGUUUAUGGCGGACUCCCGGCCGAAAUUCGCACUCAGCAGGCCAAUUUAUUCAAUGACCCGGACAAUGAUUACGAUUUCCUUGUUGCCAGUGACGCAAUUGGCAUGGGUCUCAAUCUAAAAUGUAGACGCAUCAUAUUUCAUACUCUGGUCAAAGGAAGGAAAAACGGUCUACAUCGACUCACCAUACCUGAAAUUAAACAAAUUGGGGGUCGCGCGGGUCGAUAUCGCGCAGCGAACGAGAAAGAAGUGCCGAAACAGUCAGCUGAACCUAAUGUGGGAUUAGUAACUUCGCUUGAAGACGUUGAUCUUCCAUAUAUUCGGCAAGCGCUGGAAUUCGAGCCUCCUCCCAUCAAAACGGCAGGUGUCUUUCCUGGUGACACCGUGUUUCAACUCAUUUCAGGAUAUUUUCCCUCUGAUGUCUCAUUCAAAUUUCUCGUCAAUCGUGUCCUUGCAGUCUGCCAGGUUCAUCCAUUAUUCUUCCUGUGCAGAGGCCAGGCUCAACUAGAAAGCGCCGGAGUCAUCGACAGCAGCCAUGAACUCACUAUCGAUGACCGACUUGUUUUCAUGGCUUCACCUCUCUACGACCGCGACCCAAUCCUAGUGAAUGUUGCUAAAGCAUUCAUCAGGUGUGUCGCUACGAAUACCAGCGGGCGCUUGUUGGACAUUCCCGAGCUUCAUCUAGAAAUCCUCGAGGCCCCUGUAUCUGGCGACAAGGAUUACAUGACUGAACUAGAAAGUUUACACAAGUCGCUUAUCUUGUAUUUGUGGCUGAGCUAUCGUAUGGGAGGAGUGUUCACGGACCGAACUCUUGCUACUCAUGUGAAGACAAUGGUUGAGGAACGAAUGAUGAGGGCGCUAUCAGAGUUCUCGGUCAACAAAAAGCUACGGAUUGCAGCGUCUAUCAAGCAGAGGAUCAUCAUGGAACAGCAGUAUAGCGAGGAGCAACGCUUGCUCGCGGAGGCUGGCACUACUAAGACUAGCAACCCAACCGGUGAUGCGUUCGACCUGCCUGUGUCAGAAAAUACUUUGUCCGAGGGCGAAGCGCAAAAUACUCGAGACGCCAGUAAUACGGCAUAAUUGGGAAACCUGACUACAUUUCUCUACUUAUCUUAAUAUUGUAUAUUGGACGGUUUAUUCCUGGCUUGACAGGAGAUAGCGGCCUGUAGAUAGCGAUAUAUAUAAAUAUGUACUAUUAAUGUAAAAUUAUUCACAAUAAUAUCAAUUUGAU